CGGAGCAGACAGACUGGCUUUGAACUGUACUGCUGACCAACAAUGGCACAGAACGGAAUAGAGAAUGGGGUGGCAGAAGGGAUCAUAGCUUUGCCUUUUCCUCAGCCUGUUAAAUUCCAAGGCAUCACACACACCAAGCUUUUCAUCAACAAUGAAUGGCGCACAUCCAGCAGCGGAAGGACAUUUCCAACUUUCAACCCAGCCACAGGUGUCAAAAUCUGUGACGUCGAAGAAGCAGACAAAGAAGAUGUAGACAAAGCGGUGGUGGCAGCAAAGACUGCCAAGCAAAGAGGCUCUCCGUGGCAGAGAAUGGGCACGUCCAGCCGGGCGAGGCUGCUGCACAAACUGGCGGACCUGAUGGAGCGAGACCGGCUCCUGCUGGCGACUCUGGAAACUCUGGACACAGGGAAGCCCUUCCUUCAGUCCUUCUUCAUUGACCUGGAAGGCAGCAUCCAAACCCUUCGCUACUUUGCAGGCUGGGCUGACAAGAUUCAGGGCAAGACUCUGCCUGUAGAUGAAAGCUUCAUGUGUUUAACCAAACACGAGCCUGUUGGCGUAUGUGGAGCCAUCAUUCCAUGGAACUUUCCUCUGCUGAUGUUCAUGUGGAAGAUAGCACCAGCCCUGAGUUGUGGAAACACUGUGGUGAUUAAGCCAGCAGAGCAGACCCCCCUCACAGCUCUCCAUGUGGGAUCACUCAUUAAAGAGGCAGAAUUCCCUCCUGGAGUUGUGAACAUCAUUCCAGGGUUUGGUCCCACAGCAGGAGCAGCCAUUGCCAGCCACAACGACAUAGACAAAGUGGCCUUCACUGGCUCUACAGAGGUCGGCCAGCUGAUCAAAGAAGCAGCGGCCAAAAGUAAUCUGAAGAGAGUGACACUGGAGUUGGGAGGCAAAAACCCCUGCAUCGUGUUUGCAGACUGUGACUUGCAGAUGGCUGUGGAGGAAACGCAGAAAGGAGCCUUUUAUAAUCAGGGUCAGUGUUGUACAGCUGCAUCACGUGUCUUUGUGGAGGACAAUAUUUAUGAGGAGUUUGUGCGUCGCAGCAUAGAAAAUGCCAAGAAGAUUGUUAUUGGAGACCCACUGGAUCCCCAGACAACACAUGGGCCACAGAUUGACCAACAGCAGUUUGACAAAAUCAUGGAUCUGAUAGAGAGUGGGAAAAGGGAGGGUGCCAAGCUGGAGUAUGGAGGAGAAGCUGUGGGUGAGAAGAGCCUCUUUAUUCAACCUACCAUCUUCUCCAGGGUCCAAGACCACAUGCGCAUCGCCAAGGAAGAGAUCUUUGGACCAGUGCAGUGUAUAUUCAGCUUUAAGAGCCAACAGGAGGCCAUAGAGAGAGCAAACAACUCGCAAUAUGGCCUAGUGUCAGCAGUCUUCACAACAAGUAUGGAUAAAGCUCUAUCUGUGUCUGCAGCACUGGAGACUGGCACUGUCUGGAUAAACUGCUAUAACGCCCUUCAUGCCCAGACUCCCUUCGGAGGGUACAAGAUGUCAGGCAAUGGACGAGAGCUUGGCAAGUAUGCUCUGGCUGAGUACUCUGAGGUGAAAACAGUCACCAUCAAACUGAAUGAAACCAUCUGAGAAGAACUGGGAAAAUCCAGUGCUCUGCACUUCCUGUCCCACCAGACCACAUCAUAAUUCUCUACCACCUACACACUCCCAAUGACUUUAACAAACUAUGCUGAAACAAGGAUGAGGGUAUUACAGUAUAUCAGAGUCCUAUUUUGUUCUCCCAUAGGUAAAUAUAUAGUGCCAGCAUAUAAAACUGAUAAUGCCCUGUUGUAUUUUUCAAAAAGUACCUCAAUAAUUUAUUGCAAAGUUCCCUGGAAGUACAGUGAGUUCUGUAUAUUAUUCAAAAUUAGCGACUGCAUUCAGGCAGUGUAUUCCAGCUAACCCAAAGAGCACAGCAGGUAAAGUAAAAAUAGAGAAAUCUGAAACUUGUCUACAACCGAGGCUCUCCUUGAUCUCCAUCAUCAGCUGAUCCCUGACUAAUACACUUCAGCCUUCCCUGGAGGAUGCUGUCAUUGGGUUUGGUUUGGUUUGCUCUUGUUGUCUGUGCACUUUGUUCAGGGUUAUGUUUCAGUGAUUAAAUUUUCACACACAGCCGUACUAGACUUCUUUAUUCCAAGCAUUUUACUUCCUCUGUAUUGAAACUUAGAUCCUUAGACCAGAAACUCAGUCUAUUCUUUGACUCCACAGGGAAAGUACAUGAAAUAGAUUUUGUGUUUUCUGUCACGUGGACUGCGUGGGCGUGUCUCUUAACCUAAGGCUGAAAAAAAAUUUCUGCCUGUCUGUUCUGUUCCUUACAGCAGAUUGACUUUAUGAGAGGCACAAACUAAUAAAACAUCCGCUCAUCCACAGUGAUUUGGUUUCGUUUGGAUUUUUCUUGAGUUUCAAAGAUUAGUUGGGAGAUUGGCGAUAUAGCAAGAUCAGAUCACUGUCCAUUUUUAGGAGUUGAGUAGCUGAUGUAUGCAGAUACACUUUUUAAUUAUAAUCUUGUAAUACGAACAUUCUCUCUGCUGAGGAGGAGGCUCCUUUCAAAUGUUAAAAGAAAUAUUGUUUCCAGUAUUACACAAGGUAAUAUUUACCUUGCCAUUUUCAUUUUAGCACUGUUACAGCAAGAAUGUUAUCACUGCCUGGGU